GUCGCACUCAAAACCAACAAACGAAAACCAGAACGACUUCCUCUUCCCUCGUUCUUCAUCUUCUCCUUCAAAAAAUCCCAAAUCCUAACCCUAGAACCCCCAAUUUCCCCUCAAAACCCUAAUUCGACUUCCAAAAAUGGGCGGUAUCAUCGAGUCCGGCCCCUCAAACAAACCCUCAACCUUCGUCUACUCUCAAACCCCAUCAGAAACAGCCUCGACCUCGAUCACCAACGCCAUCAUCGGAUCUCACGAGUUCAAGAUCAUCGGUUACUCUCUCAACAAAGGAUUAGGCAUCGGAAAGUACUUAGCUUCCGGUAGUUUCAGCGUUGGGGGUUACGAGUGGGCGAUCUAUUUUUACCCUGAUGGAAAGAACCCUAAGGAUAAGGCGCGUUUCGUGUCGGUGUUCAUCGUGCUGGAGAGCGAGGGGGCCGACGUCAGGGCUUUGUUCGAGUUGAGGAUUUUGGAUCAGAGUGGAAAAGAGAGGCAUAGAGGUCACAGCCAUUUUGGGAGACCGCUGCCGGGUGGGCCGUAUAUUCUUAAUUGCCGUGGGAGUAUGUGGGGGUAUAAACGUUUUUUCAGACGAGCUGCCUUGGAGGCUUCAGAUUAUCUCAAGGAUGAUUGUAUUUCAAUUAGUUGCCGUGUUGGGGUUGUGACAUCCAAUACCAAGGGGCCCAAAUCUUCUAGUAUACCUGUGCAUCCCUCUGAUGUCACUCAACAGGUUGGCCAACUUCUAGAAAGUGGAGAGGAAACUGAUGAGUUUUUCAAAAUUGAUGAUGAGAUCUUUGAGACUCAUAAAUUGGGAAAUAGAUCAGAUGUUUCAUCAUCCUCUAUGUUCAGUGAUUCCCUCCCCAGCAGUGGUUAUUUGCACAGCCUGGUUGAUGGUGAAUACGUAGUAUGUUCUUUUGGUGAUAUUCCAGAUGUACCUUCCAGCAUGGAAGACGAAGAAGGGGGAAAUGGAGCAGGUGGUUCAUCUUCCUCUAUGCUGUUCAAUGAUAAGCUCCCCAGCAAUGGUCAUUCGUACAGCCUGGUUGAUGACGAGUACGUAGUGUGUUCUCUUGAUGGUUUUUCAGAUAUACCUUCCAGCAUGGAUGAUGAAGAAAGGAUGAUCAUGGAAGCAAUAACAGAGUCCUUGAAUGGCAUGGAGCUGAGGCAUCCCCGAGAAGAUGUGCAGUCUCAGAUAGAUACAACUCCAAAUAUUCCAUCAUCAAAUGGUAUGCAAGCAUCCAUAUCUGAAUUUAAUGAACCAACCCGAGAAACUGAAGGCAACACCAUUUCAGCAAGCUCCAAACCCUCAAUCUCCCUCUCCUCUCAAUCUCCAUCAGAAACAGCCUCAACCUCGAUCACCAACACCAUCAAUGGAUUUCAUGAGUUCAAGAUCACUGGCUAUUCUCUCUCCAAAGGGCUUGGCAUUGGAAAAUACAUAGCUUCUGAUAAAUUCAGAGUUGGGGGUUAUGAAUGGGCUAUCUAUUUUUACCCUGAUGGAAAAAGCCGUGAGGAUAACACGUGUUUUGUGUCAGUGUUUGUUGCGCUGGCUAGUGAGGGGACUGAUGUCAGGGCUUUGUUCGAGUUGACGAUGUUGGAUCAGAGCGGGAAGGGGAGGCAUAAAAUUCUUACUCAUUUUGGACGAGUGCCAGAGAGCGGGCCAUAUACGCUGAAGUGUUGUGGGAGCACAUGGGGUUAUAAGCGUUUCUUCGGACGAACGACCUUGGAGACUUCAGAUUAUCUCAAGGAUGAUUGUCUGUUUAUUAGUUGCCGUGUUGGUGUCGUGACAUCACAUACCGAGGGGUCGACUUCUUCUACUAUUCCCAUGCCUCCCUCUGACAUUACUCAACAGGGAAAUGGAGCAGAUGGUAUGUCAUCCUCUAUGUUACUCAUUGAUGCCCUCCCCAGCAAUGGUCAUUUGCAGAGUGUUGUUGAUGACGAAUACGUGAUGUGUUCUCUUGAUAAUUUCUCAGAUAUAUGUUCCAGCCUGGAAGACAAAGAAAGGAUGAUCAUGGAAGCAAUGAUGGAGUCCUUGAGAGACAUGGAGCUGAGGCAUCCUCAAGAGGACAUGCAGUCUAUAUUAGACACAACUCCAAAUCUUUCAUCAUCAAAUGGUACAGGAGAUUCUGUGUCAGAAUUUAACGGACCGACAUCAGAGGCUGAAGGCAACACCAUUUCAACAAGCUCCAAAUUGGAAUCAUCGUCAACUACGAAAGAAUCUGACCAUGCUCAGAGCUCAGGCCAACAAGAAUUUGAUACAAGUCCUGCAAAAGAAUUCAUCUAGUCACACCAUCGAAGGGUUGGCUUACCGCUGGGGUCUUGACUUCUUCAAGAGCAAGUGGUGAAAUGAGGCAAAUACGAUUUGUACAUAUUGGUGGUGCAAAAACAUGUUUGCGAAAAUAUGUGAUAGGGACUUGUUCUUUUAGCAUGUAUAUGAUUCAGGGUUGUAAAAAGAAAGAACGAAGGCUACGUUGGUAGAAACUAGAUAUUCUUCGUGAAUAUUGUAUUGGUGAUUGGUACGCUCCUUUUUUCAAAUUGUGCUUUGGGCAGAUAUAGUUGUAUUUUGUUGAGUAUGAAAGGAAGUUAUUAUUCA